AUGGAAGCUUCACGCCCACACACCUCGGCUCCACCCUCAAACCCGCCCAGUGUCGAGAUCGCCUACAAGCGCAAGUGCAUCGCGCUCAAAAAGCGCCUUGCCGAAGUCGAAGCCGAAAACGAGCUUAUGCGCACCCGAAACCGCCGAGGAACCCAAUACAUCCAGAAAAUGCGCCUGGAGACCUGUAUGCUCCUCGAGCGUCUUUCAAAGGUCACCGGCAUGGCCGACGAGGCCAAGGCCGGCGCAUCGAACCCGGAACUCCGUGCCCGUGCCGCAGCAAUGAUGUCCAGCACUAGCCAGGGAGGUGCACACCUAGAAGAUGACACUGAAGGAAGCUCUGACGAGCAGCCGCGAACGCCUGAAGAGCGUCCUUUGCGCGUGAAGCGCUCGCGCAAGUCUGCUGUUGCUGGUAUUGAUGGCGAGGAGGAUCUUCCUAAUGAGGGACAUGCGGAAUCGGUGGAUCCGUCAGGCGCCGCUUUGCCUCGCCUUGCUCCGGCCCCUACGCAGGAGUCGCUGACACACUCUUUCCGUAUUCAGACUGGUAGUGGUGGUUCUGCGGAUCAGACUCCCGCUGCUGUUGAUGGCCCUGAGGCUGCUGCUGAGACUAGUCAUGAGGCCAACCAUGAGACUGGGACAACGCCGAUGGAUAUGGACAAGGAGGAGGUGAAGGAAGAGCCUAAGGUUGAGCAGCCUUGA